CUCUUCCUUCUUAUAACAUAUAUCUCAAACCAAUUUUUUUCCUCUUCCUUGUUAUCCCCUCUUCUCUAUUUUUUUUUUUAAUAUCUCUUAUAAAAUAUAAACCAUAAAACCAUUAUUUACCAACACAAUAACCUAUAUCUCAAACCAAUUUUUUCUCUUCCUUCUUCCACCAAUUUGUAUUCCCUUUCACCCUCUUUAUUUUCAAAAAUUAAUAUGGUGGUGGCUUCCCCAAAUUCGAUCAUAGGAGAAAAGAUUAUACCUAUUGACCUACCAAUGAUAGACCUAUCAUCCGAAAAAUCAAUAGUUAUGAAACUCAUUGUGAAAGCUUGUGAAGAAUAUGGUUUUUUCAAUGUGAUUAACCAUGGUAUCCCUCAUGACAUCAUAACAAAAAUGGAAGAAGUAGGUUUUGAUUUCUUUGCAAAACCAAUGGAACAAAAGAAAUUAGUUGCAUUUGAUAAACCUUUUGGUUAUGGUUGCAAGAAUAUAGGCUUCAAUGGAGACAUGGGUGAGGUUGAGUACCUUCUUCUCAAUGCCAAUGUUCCUUCUAUUCCUAAUGAUACAUCAUAUUUCAGCUCUAUUGUAAGUACUUAUACAGAAGCUGUGAAGAGGCUUGCAUGUGAGAUAUUGGAGCUAAUGGCAGAAGGAUUGGGGGUCCCUAAUAAAUCCAUUUUCAGCACAUUCAUCACUCAACUUGAUAAUGAUUCACUCCUUAGGUUCAAUCACUACCCUCCUAAAGACUGCAAAGAUAGAGACAACUCAAAUUCCUACAACGUUGGCUUUGGAGAACAUUCUGACCCUCAGAUUCUUACUAUCCUUAGAUCCAACGAUGUUGCUGGACUUCAAAUUUCACUUCAACAUGGUGUGUGGAACCCAGUUACUCCUGAUCCCUUUGCUUUCUGUGUUAAUGUUGGUGAUCUCCUUGAGGUUAUGACAAAUGGAAGAUUUAUGAGUGUUCGACAUAGGGCUGUGACCAACUCAUACAAGUCUAGAAUGUCGGUGGCAUAUUUUGGGGCUCCACCACUUGAUGCAUGCAUUGUUGCUCCUUCAGUUAUGGUUACACCAAACAGGCCCUCCCUUCUCUACAAACCCUUCACUUGGGCAGAAUACAAGAAAGUCACUUACUCUCUAAGGCUUGGAGACAAUCGCAUUGACAUUUUCAAGAAUUGCACACAAAUAGAGUAAUGGUGCAUGAGGAUUCUAAAGUUUGUUUGGUACUAUUAAUACAAGAGUGAGAGUGUAAAGCCAUUUUUAAUUGAGAAAUGUUAUUUAUUCACUUUUAUGGUUUUUUUAUGGUGUCCUUACUAGGUGGUAUACACUUUUGCUAAAAUGUGCCAACAAAUUUUGUAUGUGUGGAUUGGAUUUGUGAAAGUUUAUAACUUUGCAUGGAGAGGC